GUGUGUGGGCGCGCUGCCCCCGAAGCAUCCGCCUCGAAAACCCAAGCAACCCAAACCCCCACCUCAAGGGCGCUCGAUGGGGAAAGCGAGGCGCCUCAAGCAGGGUCGCGGCGGCGGCGGUGGCGGAGGCGGCGGCGGUGGCGGCGGUGGCGGAGGCGGCGGCCGCGGCCUCCAGCGGGGGCGGGAGCGCUUCGACGGGUUCGCGCCGGGGAGCUUCCAGAACGUCUCGUCGGGCAUGGCCUACUUCCCCUCCCAGGACCGGGUGGGCUACAUGAGUCAGGAGCAGAGGGAAGGGCUGGAUCGCAUGCUCACCUCGGAGAUGGUGCGCCGCCACAUCGCGGAGUCGGGCGUCGACCCCAGCGAAAUCUUCUUUGCUCCACCCACUAUAUUUGGUGGCGCGGAUGGGGACCGCAGUGAGUCGAAUGACUCUGUGAAGAUGGAGGACAUGGGGCCACUGCAUGAGGCAGCAUGCACGGGGAAGAUUGAGACAUGCCAAUACUUGGUGGAGCAGCUUGGGUUUGACAUCAAUACUGAAGCUAAUGAUGAUUCAGGCAUGACACCUUUGGCUUGUGCGGUGUUGCGUGAUAAAUCAGUUACUGUGGAGUAUUUGCUUGACAAAGGUGCUAAUCCCAAUAAGCAAGACAACAAAAGAUUUACUCCUCUGCACUACGCUACAAAAGAAGGGAAUAACCGACUGGUACGACUCUUGCUGUCAAAAGGAGCUAGUGUUGAUGUAUUCUCUUCUGAAGGGACACCGCUACAUGUCGCUGCCUCUUAUGGGAAGUCUGGCAUCAUGCAGAUUUUAUUGCAGCACAAUGCAGAUCCAAACACGGUUUCGGCAGAUUUAGGCACACCCAUGGCUGCAGUUCUUUGUGUUGCUUCUGGUAGAAUUACUGAGUCUGAUGCUUUAAAGUGCAUGAAGCUCCUUGUCAAGGCUGGUGCCGAUUUGAAUUGUGCAAAUCCUGAUACUCCAUUGGUGAUAGCAACUAGCAAAGACUUAUCUGAAUGUGUUGAGUAUUUGCUGGAGGUUGGCGCAGAUGCCAAUAUUCCAAGCAAUCAAGGCCGUAUGGCACCAAUAGAAAUGGCUGCAAACUCUGGAAGAAGAAAGCUUGUUGAGAUUCUGUUUCCUUUCACAUUGCCCAUUCAAUCUGUGUCAAACUGGAGUGUUCAAGGAAUCAUUGCCCAUGAAAAGUUAAGGCAAUCAAACAAGCCGUGUUCGGAAUCCAUCCCAUCCGCUCCGACUCCGCGGAGUUGUGGAGCUCAGUUUAGGCCGCUCCGUAAAAAUGAGCUAGAGGCUCGUCCGCUCCGGAGCGGAGUGGAGGGAGCGGAGAGGAGCCGAACGCGGCCUAAGUGUGAAGGUAAGCAAAGUGAUAAAGACAGCAAUUUUCAGCUGAAAUUAAAUGCAGAAGUAGUAACCAAGAAAGAAGACUCUGGUGCACCAAAGAAGCCCUGUGCCAAGGACAAGGGAGGUGAUAAAGAUAAAAAGGCUGAACUGAAAUUACUCGGUGCAAAAGCAGUCGAGCGGAAGGACUACGCUGCUGCAUUAAAAUUCUACAGUGAGGCAAUCAAAGUGGAUCCUGAAGAUGCAACGCUUUAUUCCAACAGGAGCCUUUGCCAUCUAAAGAGCGGCCAAGCGCAUGAUGCUUUGGCUGAUGCCAUCGCAUGUGUAAAUGUGCAGCCUGAUUGGGCGAAGGGUUACUAUCGGAAGGGAGCUGCCCUCAUGUCGCUCAAGGAGUGUAAAGAAGCAUGUGAUGCAUUCCUGGCUGGAGGGAAACUGAAUCCUGCAAGCGUGGAGAUUCACGACGCAUUCUGGGAGGCGAUUGAGGCAAUGAAGAAGCAACAUUCGGAUCGACAAAGCGCAGGCCCGGUCUGAUUAGAGCCUUCGUGGGCGAGUUCAUGCAUGGUUCGGUUCGGUGGUGCUCCUCUCGGGCUUCCGGUUCUGUGUACGUGUGAUGAAGUGGCGUUCUUCUCCCUGCCUUUUGGUUCUAAACACAGGGAGAAGUGGUGUCGAGCCGUGAAUGCUCGGUUCCUUUAAAAUGUGUGUAACGUCCCGUAGCAUAUACGUUUAUAGAUCACUAAAGUAGUGAUCUAAAUACUCUUAUGUUCCUUUAUGGAGGGGUACUUUGUGAUGGACGAAUCGGUUUUCUCCUUACCGAUACUUCUAUGUUGCAUGCUGAAGGCGUGUCAAGUGCAA